GCUAUUCACAUUUGCACAGACAUGAAUCUAACAGCAAAGAGCCACAGUAUCCCUCUCAGCGAUGGUAAUCGUAUUCCACUGCUGGGAUUGGGCACCUAUGGAGAUCCUCGAACGACAUCCAAAGGCACUGCGCUUGAGUGUGUCCGACUGGCCAUAGAUGUAGGUUACAGGCACUUUGAUGGGGCGCUGGUGUAUUUCAACGAGCACGAAGUGGGUCAAGCCAUUAGAGAGAAGAUUGCUGAUGGAACUGUAAGAAGAGAGGACAUCUUUUAUUGUGGAAAGCUCUGGAAUACCUUCCAUCCACCAGAGUUGGUGAGACCAGCCUUGGAGAGGACACUGAAAACCCUAAAACUACAAUAUGUGGAUCUCUACAUCGUUGAGCUUCCGAUGGCCUUCAAGCCUGGAAAUGAAUUUUAUCCCAAAGACCAAGAUGGCAAAUACAUCUACCACCACACAGACCUCUGUGCAACAUGGGAGGCUUUAGAGGCUUGCAAAGAUGCUGGGCUGGUUAAGUCCCUCGGUGUCUCCAACUUCAACCGCAGGCAGCUGGAACUGCUGCUGAAUAAACCUGGCCUCAAACACAAACCCGUAUCCAACCAGGUUGAAUGUCAUCCAUACUUCACACAACCCAAACUUCUGGAGUACUGUCGUCAGAAUGACAUUGUGAUUGUUGGCUAUUGCCCAAUUGGCUCCUCCAGAGAUGCAUCCUGGGUGAACGUGAAAAGUCCUCCUCUGCUGGAGGACGAGCUGCUUGUGUCCAUCGGGAAAAAGUACAACAAGAGCAGUGCCCAGGUGGCUCUGCGCUUCAAUGUGCAGAGAGGAGUUGUGGUGAUUCCAAAGAGCUUCAGCCCAGAGAGGAUCAAUCAUAACUUCCAGAUAUUCGAUUUUUCACUCACUGAGGAGGAAAUGAAAGCCAUCGAAGCCCUGAACAAAAACAUUCGCUUUGUGGAGCUGCUCAUGUGGAGUGACCAUCCAGAGUAUCCCUUUCAUGAUGAAUAUUAAGCUUUAUAACUUUAUUUGUGAUGCACAUCAUUUUCAUUUUUAAAGAUGUGAACUCUUUUUGGCAUCAGAGGAAUCUUUAAUUCACCAUUUAUGUCUGGUAAAUAUUCACACUAAACACUAGAGGGCUCUGGCUCACAGUGAAUGAAAAAGAUGAAUAAAUG